AUGACGCAAAUCAAGCGCCUCAUUCUAUGUUGCGAUGGCACAUGGAACGACAGCGUCAGUACGAACAACCCAUUGACAAACGUAGCCCGCUUCUCCCGGAUUAUUGAGGAGCGGGCUGCAGAUGGCGUGUUACAGAUCGUGUAUUAUCACACUGGCGUAGGUGCCGGCACCUCAAAAAUCAGCAAUAGCAUCGAUGGAGCAGUUGGUCGAGGUCUCGGUGCGAACGUGCGUAAUGCCUACAACUUCCUCUGCCAGAACUUCAACCAUAAAGACUGUACCGAUGAGAUAUACCUGGUUGGGUUUUCCAGGGGCGCGUUCACCGUCCGCUGCGUCGCUUCGCUCAUAGAUAGUAUCGGCAUCCUUACGAAGCCUGGACUAUCGGGACUAUACGAUGCGUACGGCCUGUGGAAGAAUCAGCAGGCCGAUUCUGGCACUGCUUUGAAAGCCUUCGUGGAGCGUCUAGAUAAAGCAGGGCUGACGAAAAUUGGCAUCAAGAUCAAAGCGUGUGGUGUUUGGGACACGGUGAGCGCAAUCGGCGUACAACUGCCAGCUUGGCUGCCUCAGCCGCCUCCCAGGAGGCUAGGUCACGUAGACAACAGAAUUCCGCCAUGUGUAGAGCACGCAUUUCACGCCAUGGCACUCAACGAACGUAGAUCCGCCUUCUGGCCGGUACCGUGGUCCGAGCCCGGUGACAGCACCACGCUUCGGCAAUGCUGGUUCCUGGGAGCCCAUGCAGACGUAGGGGGUGGGUACGAGGAUGCUGGGUUAGCAAAUGUGGCGUUGGUCUGGAUGGUUGCGCAAUUUCAACACUUCACAUCACUUGCAUUCGAUGUGACUGACCUGAUUAAUUUUCUAGUGACCAGGGAGAUAACCACCGAGACCAACGAAGUUGGAUUCUCUCUCAAGACAGCAGGCGUUGAAUUCGCUGUCAAGAAUGUCAAGGAAACGUGGGCAUAUAAAGGUGAAGCAGGUCAGUGUAAUUUCUGAUGAAUCAACAUCCAAAUUCAAGU